AUGGAGGAGGAACCUCGGCCUAUUCAUCGCGGAAAGAAACGGAGGAUUCCUCUUUCUAGUGGUGCAGCUCGUCCACCGGACAAUAGCUCAGAUAAAAGCGAAUCUCAGAAGAAACAAAGAAGGAAAAGAAAUUCUUGGCUGAGAGAGAUACAUUUUUAUCAAAAAACAACAAAUUUGCUGAUAAGAAAGCUUCCUUUUUGCCGUUUAGUUAAAGAAAUCACUCAAAGUGUUUCAAUUGGCGAGUUUCGAUAUACAACUGGUGCAAUGGAAGCUCUUCAAGAAGCAAGUGAAGCUUUUUUGAUUAAAUUGCUAGAAGAUGGCCAAGUUUGUGCAAUUCAUGCAAGACGAAUCACUCUUAUGAACAGAGAUCUUCAAUUAGCUCAAAGACUCCGCGGAGAUCGCUGA